AAACGGAGGCCAAGUUGUGCGCUCAAGUACACAUAGAUUUCCUUUUGUCCACUCUGAAAAGUUUGAAUACAUCUUCAAGCUCUCUGAUACAACUCAAAUUCAUUUAUUUUUUCAAAUAAAAUUAAUUAGAUUAGGCUUCUUAUACUAUAAAUUCUUUUGUUGAAUAGCUCAACCUUCGUGAAAUUAAUCCCCUGAUCCCUGAAUAUACACACAGAGAAGCAAGAGAUUCAUGGGAAGCACAAAGACUGUGGGGCCCUCAGGGCCGGUGCCGCGGCGUGACCCGUACGAGGUUUUGAACUUGUCCAAACAAGCUUCUGAUCAAGACAUCAAAACUGCUUAUAGAAAGCUUGCUUUGAAGUAUCAUCCUGACAAGAAUGUCAAUAAUCCUGAAGCUUCUGAACUUUUUAAGGAGGUUGCCUAUUCUUAUAGUAUUUUAUCUGAUCCUGAAAAAAGAAGGCAAUAUGACAAUGCUGGAUUUGAGGCUAUCGAUGCUGAAGGCGUGGAUAUGGAAAUUGAUUUAUCUAAUCUGGGAACUGUCAAUACUAUGUUUGCUGCAUUAUUCAGCAAGCUGGGUGUUCCUAUUAAAACCACCAUUUCUGCUAAUGUUCUUGAAGAAGCAUUAAAUGGAACUGUUACAAUCAGACCCCUUCCGCUGGGAUCAUCAGUUAGUGGAAAGGUAGAAAAGCAAUGUGCCCACUUUUUUGGUGUUACUAUAAAUGAGGAACAAGCUGAGGCAGGAAUUGUAGUCAGGGUCACUUCUGCUGCACAAAGCAAAUUUAAGCUUCUUUACUUUGAACAAGAUGCCACUGGAGGUUACGGGUUGGCUCUGCAGGAAGAUAGUGAAAAGGCCGGCAAAGUGACAUCUGUGGGGAUGUACUUCUUACAUUUUCAAGUAUACAGGAUGGAUUCAACUGUUAAUGCGUUGGCAAUGGCCAAGGACCCUGAAGCUGCCUUUUUUAAAAGGUUGGAAGGGCUACAACCUUGUGAGGUCUCAGAACUAAAAGCUGGGACCCACGUGUUUGCAGUAUAUGGAGAUAACUUCUUUAAAACUGCUUCCUACACAAUUGAAGCUCUAUGCGCAAAAUCAUAUGAGGAUACUACUGAUAAGCUCAAAGAUAUUGAAGCUCAGAUCUUAAGGAAGAGGACUGAGCUUCGCCAGUUUGAGACCGAGUACAGAAAGGCAUUAGCACAUUUCCAAGAAGUGACCAACAGAUAUAGCCAGGAGAAGCAAACUGUUGACGAGCUGUUAAAACAACGAGACAGCGUACAUUCUUCAUUCACAGUAAGUAAGCUGACCAUCCAAACUAGCGGGGAUACGUCCAGUGUUAGCAAUGGAAAUAGUAGCAAAAUACCUUCUGAAGAUGGUAAAGCGGACAGCCCUGGGGAAGAUGGUAGCUCCGAUGGGAAAGAUAAGUCUGCUAAGAAGAGGUGGCUAAAUUUUAACUUGAAAGGUUCAGCAGAUAAAAGAAGUGCUUGAAAUGAUCUGGUUGUUAAUAGUCGGUGUAUCAAUUAUUUAGAAGGAUGAAACUCCAUUCAGUUUUUCUGCUCAUAUUCUCGGGUUUUUGGUUUUUGCUGCCAGCAAACGCUCAGCUUGUGUUCAGUAUUAUUUGUUUACCCUUUUGGGGUUGCCCCAGGCUUGCCUUCCUCCUUUCCCUUUCCUUUCCCUUUCUUAGAGCAAGUUCAAUGGUGAGCUAAAAAUAAGUGUAGCUAUUGCUAUAAUAUAGCACCAAAAAGUGGUUUUUGGUGCUAAAAUAAUAUCACAUUUCCAAUGGUUGGUGCUAUAUCUUGUGCCAAAUGAAUAUAUGUGCAUUCAUGUACUUGAAUAUGUUGAGAUAUAAAUCUAUUUUUUAUUCA